AUGUCGGAUGAAGUUAUUUGGCAAACUAUCAAUCAGCAUUUUUGUGCUUACAAGCUGAAGACUGACAAAGGUCAGAAUUUUUGCAGAAACGAAUACAACGUCACAGGGCUGUGCAACCGGCAGUCUUGUCCGCUGGCUAACGCGAAGUAUGCCACCGUUAAGAAUGUAGAUGGCAGACUGUAUUUAUACAUGAAGACUGCAGAGAGAGCUCACACGCCAGCAAAAAUGUGGGAAAGGAUAAGGCUCUCAAAGAAUUACGCCAACGCCCUUAAGCAGGUCGACGAUCAUCUACUCUAUUGGAACAAAUUUCUAAUUCAUAAAUGUAAACAGAGGUUGACACGGUUGACCCAAGUGGCGGUUACUGAAAGACGUAUGGAAUUGAGAGAGGAGGAAAGACAUUAUGUGGGGGUAGCUCCAAAGGUAAAAAGAAGAGAAGAAAAUCGUGAACGGAAGGCCCUGGCCGCUGCUAAAAUUGAAAAGGCUAUCGAAAAGGAGUUACUGGAGAGGCUAAAGAGUGGGGCAUAUGGGGACAAACCUUUGAAUGUAGACGAAAAGAUUUGGAAGAAGGUUCUUGGCCAUGUUGAAGACGACCAAGAAGAUGAAGACCUGGAAGAAGAAGAAGAUGAGGAAAGUGAUGCAGAGAUCGAAUAUGUUGAGGACGAUGGUGAUGACGAAGAGUUGAUGGACGUUGAAGACUUAGAAAGAUGGCUCGAUGAUCCUAAUGCUUCCCAUGAUGAGGACAGUGGAGAUGACGACUCGGAAGAAGACAGCAGUGACGAUUCAGACGAAGACGACGACACUAAGGAUCAAAAGCGCAAGAGAAAAACUACUGCCGCUAGAAAGAAGCGUCCCAGAGUCGAAAUCGAAUACGAGGAAGAAACGAAUCCAGUACAGCGUGAAUUGGCACACUGA